CUGCCACCUUGUAGUUUUAGUAGAUCACCAUUUUUUAAAACGCUCACACUGAUGGGACAUCACUAGAGGUGGACACUGAUUGGUUGAUUUAGUUUUGUAUAAUAAUGCCUGUCUUAACAAUAAGUAAAUCAUCUGCGAUAUAUAAAUUAAACAAUCUAUUCUUAAAAGACUAUAAAAACAUAACAUGUCGCUGCGUGAAGACAAAGAAAAAUAAUUUAAUUAAUGCUGUGAAUCCGUACAGAUAGUAUAAAGCAACAAGUAAGUAAUCAAAAUAAUUCAAUAUGGAGGAAUGUUUAAUGGGCUUCAAAUCCCCAGAACCUCUUACAAGGCUUGAGGCUGAAGAUUUUAUAAAAUGGAAGGAAAAAUUAAAAAUUUCUAUUAAAGCACCAGGUAAUAAUAAUGAGCCUGAAGACAUACAGGUAGCCAUAUUGUCAUAUUGUAUGGGAGAAUUGUGUAUCGAAAUUCACAGUACGUUUGAUCUCAAUGAAUGAAGAAGAAAACAAUUAUGAAACGGUAAUAGAAAGGUUCGUGCAACGUUUUGAUGACCUAUGACCAAUGAAAAUGUGAAUUCUCACAUAUUCAAGGCACGAAAUCAAAAACAACAUGAUUCCUUUACCAGCUAUUUGACAGAGCUACAGAAGUUAGCGCAACGCUGCAACUUCGAUGAACUAAAGGAAAGAAUGAUCAAAGAUAGAAUUAUUGCAGGAAUAAAUGAUUCAAAAUUAAGAAAUAGGUUACUAAUGGAAAACCAACUGGAUCUCAUGAAGGCAAUAAAAAUGUCUAAGAUUGCGGAAAAUACGAACAAACAGAUUAAACAAAUGGAAAAUCAGGUAGAAGACAGUCAAGAAAUUAAUUUAGUCAAGAAGAAUAAAAAUGGUGAAUCAUCAGUCUAAUUAAAAAAUGGAAAUAUGAGAAAAAAUUUGAGUAGAAAUAACAGAUUGCAUAAUGAACAAGUGAAUAAUAACAAGAAAACAACAAAUUUUAUAUUAUAUCAUAGCGGUGUGGAUAUAUGACAGGAAGAAUUGUCCAGCAUAUGGGAAAACAUGCUUAAAUUGUGGAAAAAUGAUCGCGGAGGCCGCCAACGGUCCAACGACGCUGGCUGCCGAUAAAAUCCUGACUGACCGUAAUGUCCUCGUGAUCCCGGAGCUGUACAUCAACGCUGGCGGUGUCACCGUCACCGUCUCAUUGCUCAAAUGGCUCAAAAAACUCGAUCACGUAGGGACGUCUCACAUUCAAAUACGAACGCGAGUCCAACUACCAUUUGCUGGUACACUGCACACUGCACACUGCACUGCGGCUGCGUCGUGCUGCGUCCAGCGGGCGUAGGACUGGUGCUGCCGGCAGACUCGUCUUCGGCUGUGAUUUGAGUUGGUGACGGCUGCACUCUGUACUGAUUUUAAAAUGUAUUGAUAAGUUAUUCAACCUUGAUGUCACUGUCCAACAUCUGCAAGACACAGGGGUCGGACGUACAGUGAAUGCACUGUGGGAACAUCCAGGUGAUGUAGGCGAGGCCUCCCAAACUCUGAUCUAUAAAUGGAAGUGCAUGGUCGCAGCUGAGGAGUGUAAAAGUGGAGAAUAUCAACGUGAAAAACAUAAUUACAGUUAUAAAAACGAUGGCCAAAAGUAUAAUAAAAAAGUUAAUGGCAACUGUAGUGGAACCAAAAGAAAAUAUCAAAGCAGUGAGGAUGAAGAACAUGAUAUAAAGAAGAAGAGAAGCUCUGCCUCUAAUGGAGAUUAUAAUAACGGAAAAUGUGAUGUAAAAAUAAAAUCAGAGCCAAAAAGCGACAGUGAUCUUAACAGAGAGCAUUCAAACAGCGAUGAAACUGAUUUUAAAAUAUCUCAAUUGUCUGAAGAAGAGGUAAAAUUGAAGUCAUCCUCUAAACGUUCACACAACAAAUGCACAGAUGAUAAAAAAGAGUGUACAUCUAAAAAGUCACGUAAUUCUGACAAAGAUUCGAAACGUAGUAAUGAAAAUAAAAAUAAACAUGACGCUCAGAAGUCAUCUUCGCAGGAAAAAUCUCACACUGCACAUAAGCACAGCAAUACAUGUGAAAGUAGCUCUGCAACAACAGCGAAACAUAAAUUGGACCACAGUUUGCUUGAGAAGAAACAAACAGAUGAAAAGAAAUCAUCAAGAAGACACUGUAGCAGUUCUGAAAAGCAUAGAUCUUCUUCACAAAGUGCUGAUAGUGGAUUUGAUAAACACAGAAGUUCAAGUCGGUCUCACAGAUCUGAUAAAGAGAAGCACAAAAGUUUAUCAGAGAGAGAAAAUAGCAUUAAACACAAGAUAAAAGAGAGUAACAGUAGUAGUUCUAAAGAAAAACAUAGUUCCUCUAGUAAGGAGAAGUCAAGAGAUAGAAGCAGUUCCUCAAAAGAAAACUCGGAUAGUAAGAGUGGAAAACUCUGGAAUGAAAGUAGAUGUAAACAUGGUGACAAUAGAAGUAAACAUGAGAAAGAUAAGUGUAGCAGCACCUCGUCCUCUCACAGGAGCAGCGUGUCGAGCAGUAGUCAAUCAGAAGAAGAUGUAUCAAAGAAAACAAAUCAUGUAAACAAUAGUGAGGAUAGAAAAGACGGCAUCGACUGCGGCUCAGGUGCUAGUUUUGCUGAAGCCCUAGGAAUGUUAAGUUCAGCAAAACCUAAAAAGAAAUCCCCAACUGUUAAAGGAACUCAAUCGCCCAAUUCAAUAACUAAUGAUGUAAGCCCGGCCGCCCUUCUGGCACCGAACGCCAAGCUAGCACCACUGUCUGCUUUCGAAAUUUCUGCUUUGUCAAAAAUAUCACCGAACUACAAGCCGAGGCCGCCGCCAAAACCACUGUCAUAUUUCACUGGUGAAGAGGCCAUGAGCGCCAUAAUAUCGUCUAAAAACCAAAGAACUAAAGUAUAUUCCGGUAAUAAAGUAAUGGGAAAAGUUCCAACGCUGUACGUGAUGUGUGUACAUCUUCUACAGGAGUACAUUGAUGGCCUCAAGUACACGGGCGGCGUGCCAUAUGAACUCUUGAAGCCCGUCGUAGACAAGGCAACCCCUCAGCAACUCUUUGUACUGGAACACUUCAAUCCAUAUCUUAUGGAGGACACUGCCCAGUUGUGGCAGAAAUACUGCGAGAAGCACUUCAGGAAACAACAACGGCACGAGAUGGAGACGUGGAGGGAAAUGUACAUUCGAUGCCAAAAAGAGCAAGAGCAUAAAUUAAAAAAUUUGACAGUCAAUAUUAAAAAAGCGCAAGAAGCGAAGAAAGCGCCCGUUAAACAAACAAAGAUGGUUUACUUGGAUACUGUUGUGAAAGCACCUUGGAACAUCGCACGGGCGGCUGCUGCCAGUCCAGCAGCACGGGCGGCAGCCGUGGCCACACCGCUCACAAUUCGCGCCGGAAACGGCCGAGCCGCCCCCUCGCCUUCCCCUGCGUUCAAACCCAAGAAAGCGCCUCUCAUGCAAAAAGUUCUGAAAUGCAUGCGAGGCCGCACGCGAUCAUAGACUACUUUCACCACUUGUGUUGUGUAACAGUGGUAGAUGUAUUGUGAUUUUAUACACACUGUCAAUUUUAUAUCGAACCGGUCGAAUGUUUGUUCCUUGUAAACCAAAUGUGACAGUGUACGUGAAUAUAUACAUGUGUAAAAUAGAACAAAUUGGAUUGUAUCAAAAUGUAUUUAACUUAAGCUUUAGAUAUGUAAGUAGUGUAAUUCGGCAUCACGAACUACAUUGUUGCUUGUUUGUAAAUAAAUUGUAAUAUAAUUAUUAGUUUAUAAUUGUAUAUCGUUGGAUCUCGAGUCUGUGAUCCUUUUCCUAUAGUUAGUCAUUACAUUAGAUUUAUUGCAAUGUUGUAAUGAACCAAACGUGCACAGGGACCCUGUGAUAUGUUCGAAACAUAAAUAUUUUGUGAUGUAGAUGUAUAUAUAUAUAUAUAUUGUGUCGUGUACAAUAUAUUGUUAUACAUUGCUUUGUUACAAGUAUAAUUACAUAAUGAAUACAAUCAAUAUAAAUGGUGUUCGUGUUCAUUACACAUCGCAUCUGUUUCACAUCAAAUUAAUAGGAUCCCUAUUGGUUUGAGCUGAACAUUUUUACUUUUAGUAUUAGGCCAUUUGCUUGUGCUGUGUUAAAUGAAGAAAUAGAGUAUGGAUCUUUUGAUUAAUAAAAUAAUACACAUAAAUUGAUCGUCGCUUUAA